CGGCGCAGCAGUGCGGGAGGCGGGGAGAGGCAGCGAAGGGCGAAGGAGCAUCGCUCAGAAGGGACGCCGCGGCUGAAUGUCUAGGAGAGAGAGUCAAGCCUCUCCCCGGACCCACGCCGAGGGUGACCGUGAUGCUGCAGAACCGGCAGGAGCGACUUGCCGCCGCCGCUCUCCGGGCUUUCAGGCACCCCAGCGCCCGCCUUCUGCUGGGGAAGCAACCAUGGCCAUAGCUCGUGACUUGUCCCCCAGUCACUUCGCCUGCAAAGAAAUCCUUGAAAAAGUUGCAUUUUAAAAAUCCUUGUGCUGAUCUUUGGGGCCGUGGGGACCGAAGAAGCGUGAGUGCGUGUGCAAGCAGGAAAGCGGAAGGUGUGUGUGCAUGGGGGGUCGUCGGUGGGGGGACCCUCCGCUGCUACUUUGCCAAGUAUUGUGCUGAGGCUCUGGCCCCCGUCUCUCCCCGGCACCCUGGGGCUGAGAUGAGCCCUUGUGGGCUGAUACGGCUACAGACUUCCAGAGGGGCCAUGGCUAUACUGGCGUGGAAGUUCCCGCGGACCCGGCUGCCUGUGGGAGCCAGUGCCCUCUGCGUCGUGGUUGUCUGUUGGCUCUACAUCUUCCCGGUCUACCGGCUGCCCAACGAGAAGGAAAUAGUGCAGGGAGUGCUGCAACAGGGCACGGCGUGGAGGAGGAACCAGACGGCGGCCAGAGUCUUCAGGAAACAAAUGGAAGACUGCUGUGACCCCGCCCAUCUCUUUGCUAUGACUAAAAUGAAUUCCCCCAUGGGGAAGAGCAUGUGGUAUGAUGGGGAGUUUUUGUACUCAUUCACCAUUGACAAUUCAACUUUUUCUCUCUUCCCUCAGGCAACCCCAUUCCAGCUGCCAUUGAAGAAAUGUGCGGUGGUGGGAAAUGGUGGGAUUCUGAAGAAGAGUGGCUGUGGCCGUCAAAUAGAUGAAGCAAAUUUUGUCAUGCGAUGCAAUCUUCCUCCCCUGUCAAGUGAAUACAUUAAAGAUGUUGGGUCCAAAAGUCAUCUAGUGACAGCUAAUCCCAGCAUAAUUCGGCAAAGGUUUCAAAACCUGCUUUGGUCCAGAAAGACAUUUGUGGACAACAUGAAAAUCUAUAACCACAGUUACAUCUACAUGCCUGCAUUUUCUAUGAAGACAGGAACAGAGCCAUCCCUCCGGGUUUAUUAUACACUGUCUGAUGUUGGUGCCAAUCAAACAGUGCUUUUUGCUAACCCCAACUUUCUUCGUAGCAUUGGAAAGUUCUGGAAAAAUAGAGGAAUUCAUGCUAAGCGCCUGUCCACAGGACUUUUUUUGGUGAGUGCAGCCUUGGGGCUCUGUGAAGAGGUGGCCAUCUAUGGCUUCUGGCCCUUCUCUGUGAAUAUGCAUGAGCAGCCCAUCAGCCACCACUAUUAUGAUAACGUCUUGCCAUUUUCUGGCUUCCAUGCCAUGCCAGAGGAAUUUCUCCAACUCUGGUAUCUUCAUAAAAUCGGUGCACUGAGAAUGCAGCUAGACCCAUGUGAGAACACCUCACUUCAACCCACUUCCUAGGGACUACAAGAAAAGAAAAAAACUGAGCCAGGGUAUUUUUGUUAGGUUUUCUAUGUGACUCCAGAAGAAAAUGGUCAAGUUGUUUCAUGGAUUUGGAUGGGCCAUUUGGAAAGACAAAAAAAAAAGACAACGAAAACCCAAGGAAAUCUCUACUUUGAUGUGAACUUAGAGGAUAUAUAAGAACAGAAAUGUUCUGUGACAUAUUUUAUAGCACAUUGUGGAUUUUCAGCUGGUAAAAUGCUAAUGAUAUGAUGUUGUUUACACAGUUUGAAUCUAGAAGACACAGCGCAUACACAAGAUGGACCUCUAGUUACUGAGGCUGAUGAACUCAUUGUGUUAGAGGAAGGGGAAUGCUGGCGGAAAGUGUUGCUGAUUAUCAACACAAACUGGCUUAAUUUAAAAACAAACCUGUCUGAUUAGGUUUAGAACAUAACCUUUUUUAAAAAUUAUUAUUUAUUUUUGCCCUAUUUAGGGGCAAUGGGUGAUUGCUGGGGUAGACUAAAAAAAAAAUCCCUUACUGAGUAAUAAGGAUAUUAAAAUGCUACAGCUGAU